UAUCCCCAAGUUCAAUGAUGAUAGUAAACUUGAUAAGUUACUUUAUCUAAAAAUAAAUCAGUAAUCACUUGAAUCUGACGAAAACGAAUAUAAUGAUGAAAGUUGUAGACCUUGAGCUCAUCAUUUCAAAGUGCUAAUAUUAUUAGGAGUAUGGAUUCUUCAUAUACAUGGAUAAUACUGAUAUUUAUACUCUUGUUUUCUUAUUUCAUCUCUGAGAAGUUCCGAUAUUACAGCAAAUUUGGCAUAUAUAUUGUUAUAUGUAUUGUUACAUCGAUAAUUUUAUUUCCCGUGGCAAUUUUGAGGCCAAAAAACGUCGACAAUUUAUUUUUUCUCUCUUAUUUAUGCCGUAUAAUAUCCCCUCUUAUCGGUAUCGAGUGGAUAAUAGAAGGUAAAGAAUAUCUUUCCAAGAAUGAGUCGUACAUAGUUAUGGCAAAUCACCAGAGUUCAUUAGAUGUUGUAGGAAUGUUUCACCUAUGGCCUAUUCUUAGGAGAGGAACGGCUGUUGCAAAAGAAGAACUGAGAUAUGCUUGGCCAUUUGGACUUUUUCUUUGGCUGGCUGGAGUAGUUUUCAUUCCUCGGUCAAAGGGCGAGGUGUCUAGACAAAUUCUGAAUAAAGAACUCCAAAAGAGGAAAAAAGAAAAAGUGAAAUUAUGGAUAUUUCCUGAAGGCACGAGAAGAAGUGAUGGAAAAAUUCACAAUUUCAAAAAAGGUGGAUUUCACAUGGCUUUGUCUGAACAAAUACCUAUUCUACCUGUAGUUUUUAGCUACUAUUAUUUUCUAGAUCACGAGAAGAAACAUUUUCAUAAUGGCAAAGUGGUGAUUACUGUUCUACCUCCUGUGUACACUGAAGGAAAAUCACUUAAAUCUAUAGAUGAUCUAGUUGCAGAAGUUCGGGAAAAAAUGAUUAAGUGUUUUGACGAAUCAUGCCCUGAAGAAAUCAAUGCAUGAUUCUAGAAUUUAUUUAUAAACUUCAUAAUAAAAUAUAUGAACAGAAAACUGAUGGAAAAAUUGUAAAAUCUAUCAUGUUACAAACUGAUAUAUCUUCAGUCGUUAUAUA